GAUUAAUAAUGACGUAAUAAGUCAGUCAAGUAAAAAGAAAAGCUUACGGUAGUAAACAAGUCCAAAAAGUAGGUAGAUCCCUAAUUUUCUUUUCGUAUCGAGCGUAAUACACAAAUGCCUUGUCCCUUUCAGAUAGAGGUUAUAUUGUGUAUAACUAUCCUUUUCCCUCGUUGGUGUCUUACCAAGUAUUCAGCUGAGUGUAUAUAGUAUAUACAUACUAAUAUGUAGGUAGGUAUAAGUUUUUGAACGCGUUCCAAAAUCAAGCUCUGAAUUUCGAGCAGUAGAGCAGUUUAUGUCGAAUAGUGGGAAGUGAUUGUGUUCAAUGAAAUCUUAUCUUUUAAAACUCUGUUUACCUACAAAAAAGUAAGAAAAUAAAGUAAUGAAAGCUGGAUUUAUACCUAUAGAGAUCUCUUCUAGUCAACCUUGCAUUGAUUCAAGUACCUACUUGCCUACUCAUAAAUUAAAAUAACUAAAAUAUGAAGUGUAUCUCUGCGGAAAAAGGGACAUUGUGUUUUGCGUUUAUUAAUAUUGUGUUAGUAGCAGUUACAAGCGCUUGCAGUGUCCUGGCUUUAUGCUGCUGGGUGUAUGAUGUACUGUUGAACAAUCCAAAGUUCAUUCUGCCCAUACCCCUUUGGCUGAUCUUCAUUUGGAUGAUAUUUUCGUCUCUCGCCCUGGUAUUCUCGUCGUUCCUGCUAAAUGGGAGCUUAAAGAGAAACCCUCUUCAUAUCAAAGUGUACUACUACUUCGGAGUAGCGUUCAACAUCGCAGCCUUAUUAAUGAUCAUCAGCUUCUCACUAUUCAGCGUCCCUGUCAAUAGUAUCGUCCUUAUGUCUGCAGCUUUUUCUUUUGUGUCGUAUGCGCUGGUGCUUCGCAUGGUUCGCCACACUUAUCAGAAUCUGGAGUCAUUAGAAGUCACAGAUCUGCCAACGUGUGACGCAGCUGAGAAGUCUAAACAACCUCCGAUGGCUCCUGAAGAUUACUGGGAGCAUCUAAGAUAGUGAACAGCAUGAUCACAAAUAUUCGAAGUGCUCAAAUAUUCGAUUAUAUUGGUAGCUUUUCGCUCGCA